AUGUCCAAACUCGGAUGUUUGUUGUUGGUCUGGGCGGUAUGUGAAGGCGUCGUUGCCAAUGAAGAACGAAAUGGAUUCGUACAACCACUGGACUUUGGGCCACUAUUUGAUUCAGGCGUUACUUCGCUGGCUUCAGAACCUAUUGCGGAUGCAGUACUAAAAGUAGAUAAAAAUCAAUAUCCAAAACUAUUCGAUACUGUUGUUAGUAGUUCUAUCGAUUCUUUGCAUACUCGUGUAGCGCCCAUAGAGAGGGCAUUUUCUGCCGAUAGUUUUGGUUUUAACCCAAUUGCGAGUCAAAGCUUCCUACCACCUGCGAAAGCCGCUAAAUUAGUUGCGCAACCAAAACAACAAAGUCAGCUUCAAGCGAUACCUAUUGGCCAACAGCUUUCUCCCUUGAGAUAUGAUAUCCGCACUGUCCAUGAUGCGGACUAUAAAGUGUACAAGCCUGAGGAAGAGGAACAGGGAGAAGAGAUUUUAGCUGCUUUGAGAAAAAAUCCUAGUGUGGCUGCUUAUUUCAAACCUACGCAAACCAAUGUUGAAGUAGCUCAUCCAUUAAACUACCGCAAGGAAGAACUAAGCGAAAAUGCUGAAAUCGAACAGAACUACAAGCCAAAUGCUUAUAUUCCAGGACCAGCACGUAUCCGUCGCUACACUAGCGGAAGACAAAGGGAAAACUUGAAGAAAAGCAGCGAUGAUGACGAUGAUCCUUACAACUACAACGUUGAAUAUAUUUCAAAGCCCAAAGCUUUCGACACACCACUCUACAGCAGCGCUUAUAAAGAAAAGAAGGACUCCAACAAAGAUUACGAAUAUCCCUACAGUUAUGAUUCUGGGUAUGACCAUAAGGAAUACGAAAGAAUUAAACAACUGUCAGAGAAACAGGCUGCAGAAAUAAAACAAAACCCUGGAAAUUGUAAGGAGGUCAAAAAAGACGGCAUGACAUGCACGACAUGCAAGGACCCGAAGACUGGUGGAAACUUUGAAUCAUGUUCAUAUGUGGCGGAACCAAAGAACAACAAGUAUGCCUACUCAAAGGAAAGAAAAUUUGACAGCAACGAUGAGCCUGAUGAAGCUGAUGCACCGCAACAAGCUGAACCAGCACAAAAAUCCGAAAAAUAUGUGCAGGCCGAUGACAGCAGUGAACAAAAGUACUCGAAGUCAGCAGCUCCUGAAGAAAAUCACGAUUCUGGUUCCGGAGAAAAAUAUAAGGCCUACUACACUCACUCUUCCAAACCCACUCCCAGUGAAGCUUUGCGCGCGGCUGACGACAAGCAAAGUUCCGAAGAAGAAGGAGACGGUUCAUCAGGCAAGGCCUAUGAUUACAAGAAAGCUAUACCUGGCUUUUAUACUGAUAAUGAGCCCAAAAAAGAUGUGGAACACGUUUUAGCCGAAUUUAAGAAAAAGGACAGAUCUUCAUGUAAAAAGGUGCAGAAGAAUGGAAUGACUUGUUAUCAAUGUAUUGAUAAAAAUGGCUUGAAAAAUGAAGAGUGUAUGUUUGUGUCAGAAUCGGCACCAAAAAGGAGCCAUUUGGCCUACCAAGAAUUGAAAGAAUUUACCUCUAAGCCCGCAACUCUCGACCAGGGUAAUAAUGAGGGCGCGGAAAGCAAAACGGUGACUACAAGUGCACCUCCGGCUCAGAAGUCUGCUGCGUAUGUAGUAGACAACACCAACUAUGGAAAAAAGUUAAAGCGUAAGAAGGCACCUCAAAGUAUCGCUACUGCUGCUACCAGCCCAGUCGCUAGUGCUGUGAAACCACAGCCUGCAGCGGCUAACCCGCGUAAAACCAAGAGAAGUGUAGAGGCUGACGCCGAACAAAAAGCUCAAAUUGAAGAUGUGUCUAAUAUAGCACAACCUGAAGAAUUCGCGGGUAGCGACUCUAGGGGAGCUUUUUGGGCCGACACCAUGCCUAGAUACAGCGCAUCAUUAGGCGUUACACUGCCCGAAUACAUGCUGUCAAGGUCGGAGCAUGAACUUUCGUUUGAUGAAACCGUCGCGAGCGCGUAAAAGAUAUCUAAGGCUUUGACUUGUUAGCCAACAAAUACAGUAUAAGUAGAGCGUGUCGGUUGUACAACGCUUUAGAUAAAACCUGAACAAACGGUAACGGGUAUCCGUUGCGUAAUGGCACAAUAAGAUUUCACAGACUGACGUGUUCCGAGUCAGAUAUGGAAAACAAAUUCCCAGCCACAUCGGAAAAUUGUUGAUAGUGUUUUUGUUGGCUUAUAAUAUUAUAAUGAAUUUAGUGGAAAUGUGCAGUAAGGCGUAGAAAUACAAAUAUAUGUUAAGGAUGUAUUGACGAACUUGGUAGGGCUGAUGACUGUCCAUUUUAUCUGAAGUACUUAUAUUACGUUGUUAACUAGUUAUAGAUGUUAUGAAAAUAAUUAAAAUUGAUGUUAUUGUUAUUCUUA